AUGAAAUCGAUAUGUGAUGGAAACGAAAAGAAGUGGCCAGCUCCGGGCAGCAACACGCAGGGUUCUGGUGCCACUGACCUUGACCAAAAGUCAUCGACCCAUAAGUUCACGUGUACGGAAAAAAGUUACGAAACGUACGCGUCGUUACCGUUGAAUCUCUCACUGCCGAAUAAACGCCGCAAGGAGAUGCCGUCCAAGAAUCUGGUGCAGGCGCUGCUCGAGGUAGACAACCUCGAGUCGACGGUCAGGCUCGACGGACUGGCUUUGGACGAGGUGAAGGACACGUGGAAGAAGCUGGCCCAGAUCGGCGACGAGAUCGUGCAGAAGCUGGUCGAGUGGACCAGGCAGUUGCCGUUCUACGACGAACUGGCCACCGACACGUUCACCAGGCUGCUAGAGCAGAACUGGUCGCAGCUGGUGCUCAUCAGCGUCUCCUAUUACAUCUGCAACCACCUCGACAACAGCGAGCAACAGCAGCGCGGCAACCGGCCCCGGUGGUCAUUCGCCGACUGGCGCCACAACCUCUGCCUGCUGACCAGACGCAUCUCGGACAUCAUGGGCAGGACGUUGUCCGCCCAGCUGCAUUUCACCGAACUCGUCGCCAACUUCCAAAAGUUGAAACUCAGCGCCGAGGCGUACGUGUGCUUGAAGGCGGUAGUUUUGCUUCAAGGUUAUAGUUCGACAUUGCGUUUACCGUACUCACCGUGUUUAGGAACUGGACCGUCCGACCUUAAAACCGGAUUAAUUCAGGAUAAGGUGGUGAAGAUUUUGCACAUCCACCUCAGCCAGCUUGACUCUGAAGCAAACCUGAGCCAAGUUUUUACGUGGCUGGCAUCGCUACAGACAGUUUCCAGCGUCCUGUUACAAUGCAAGAUGCUGUACGUUCCGUUUCUUUUGGGCAAAUAUAUUUUUGAUCUGGCAAACAGUUGUUUUAGUGGACAGUUCGCUGAUAUUCAGAUUUCGAGUAAAUACUUGUUCGUAAUGCUUUCAUAA